UUGGGAGACGUUCGAAGAUGAAAACGUUGUGAAACUAAAGCCAAAAAUGAUUAAAUCGAAUCGGUGUAGGCCAAAUUUUCUCAAGUGAUUAUACAAAAGUAUUUUUUCUUUAGUUUAGUAUAAGUAAAAUAUAUUUUUGACAAAGUUUUGUAUGCCACUUUUAAGUGAAUAAAAAACAAAUAUUUUAAAGAGAUAUUGAAGAAUUAAAAACAAAAACCAAUUAAAAUGGGUUUACAUGACAAGUUGCGUAAAUUCAAACGUACGAGCCCCAGCAAUGGCAUUGAAAUGCAACGUCGUCGCUCUAGCCAAAAUAUCGUUGUGCCACCGGGCCAAGUGAACGAACAAUCGCUACAGGUAUGGCGCGCUCUGCCUCCACAAAUACGACAUGACCCCAGUAUGGUUUCCUUUCAAAUGGAAAAUGAACGUUUAAGAGGAACUUCUCUUCCCACCGAAGAUGGUUCGAAUGGAAAGGAAUCUAGCCCUGAAGAUGAACGCAGUUUUUCUGGCUCCGAUUUUUUACACAUAAAGGCUCGAGGUCAUCAUGACAAUGACAGAAAAAGCACGGAUGAUGAAGGCCAUUCAGAUCUUGAGCCACAUUAUCAGUUAAACCCCACCCUACAGUGCAUGGACAAAGUUGAGGCCAAAGAGAAGAUGAGGAAAAAGCGCCAUCGUAUUAAAAUGACAAAACGUGUUUGUCUCAUGAUUUUUUGGCUAUUUUCCGCUGUUGUUUUCAUGGUGUUCGAAGAAAAACAUUUGCUUGAGAAAACAUUGGAAGUGCCUGCUGAAAAGGGCAAGAAUUUUCUGCUUCGUAACAAACCCACCGGUGAUUUUAAAUUGGAUGUUGCUGGGCAUUUCAAUGAAUCCAUUUACAAUUCAAAUGAAACGGAAAAUAUUUUAACAAUACAACCCCAGCUAUCGUAUUUCAAUCACAAAACAAAUCAUACGGAAUUUAAGGACAUACUGGAUCCUUGGUUCAUACCUUUGGUUAAUGAAGAUCUGCUCGACUAUUCGCCGGUGGUAUUGCGUAAUAUCACUUUUAAAGUUUCCCCUGAGGAUGUUGAUGAAAUUGGAAACCAGGAUGUGCAAAUGAGACUGAAUAUGUCCACGAAUAUUGAAACGGACAUUGCCAUAAAACUGACUUAUAAUCCUUUGAUAAUUAAUGUCAAGACGGGCACUCUAUUGGCUGCUUUAAUACUUUUGCUUUUCUAUGCAUUGCUAGUAUGGGAGGUCUUCGAAAGAACCUUUGUGGCCAUUGUAUGUUCCACUCUCUCCAUAGCCGUCUUGGCUUGUUUCAAUGAUCGUCCCAACAUGGAGGAAAUCGUGAAAUAUAUGGACAUGGAAUUGUUAACUUUACUCUUCUGCAUGAUGAUAUUGGUGGGCAUACUGACGGAAACGGGUGUUUUCGAUUACAUAGCUGUGAUGGCUUAUGAAUUUUCCCAGGGCAAGGUUUGGCCCAUGAUCUACAGUCUGUGUCUGAUGACUUGUUUCGUUUCAAGUUUCCUGGACAAUAUGACGACAGUGAUUUUGAUGACUCCCGUAGCCAUACGACUUUGCGAAGUUAUGAGUUUGGAUCCGGUGCCCGUGUUGUUGGGUAUAAUAGUUCAUGCAAAUAUAGGGGGCUCCCUAACACCCAUCGGAGAUCCCAUAAGUAUUAUUAUCUGCUCCAACCAUUUUAUAGCUUCUAAUGGUGUCACCUUCAUGAAGUUUGUUGCCCAUACUAUACCUGGUGUCAUUCUUGCCGUCCUCCAGAGUUGCAUUUACUUGCGUUUGGUUUUCCGUAAAAUCGAAUCGCUGCGCUUAAACGAACCCAAAGAUAUUAAGGAUCUGCGUCGAGAGAUUCGCGUCUGGCAUAAGGCUGCCAAAUCUAUUUCCUCAUUUUCCAAAGAUGCCGAUGUUGUUCGUGAGACCCUGCUAAAGAAAGUUCGAAUUUUGAAAAAUUCCCUUAAGAGAAAGCUUAAUGGGUUGGAUACCUCUGAAGCUUAUGUGCAUACUUUGGAAGAUUUGAAAAUUAAGUAUCCCAUCAAAAACAAAACCCUCCUUGCUCAGGCAUGCUGUGCCCUGGUGUUCAUCAUCAUUUGUUUCUUCAUUCAAUCUGUGCCACAAUGGCGCACUCUGCCCCUGGGUUGGGUUGCUCUACUCGGUAUUAUCGCUUUGCUGAUUAUACUCAAUCGUGAGGAUAUGGAGCAUCUAAUGCAUCGCAUAGAAUGGACCACGUUGCUCUUCUUUGCCGCCAUGUUUGUAAUGAUGGAGUGUGUGGAGCGUUUGGGUCUGUUUGCCUGGAUCGGUGAAAUUACGGAACAUGCUAUUUUGUGCGUGGAAAAGAAAAAUCGUUUGGCCAUGGCCAUAUUUAUUAUUCUGUGGAUGUCUGCUUUGGCAUCGGCAGUACUGGAUAGCAUACCGGUGACGGCAAUGAUGGUUAAAGUGGUGGUAUCGUUGGUGGCCAAAGAAUCUUUGGGCUUGCCCUUGGAGCCAUUGGUGUGGGCCUUGGCAUUUGGCCCUUGCCUAGGAGGCAAUGGCACCCUCUAUGGAGCUUCAGCAAAUGUUUUGUCAGCUGGUAUAGCGGAGCAGCAUGGCUAUAAAAUUUCAUUUACACGAUACCUAAAAAUUGUAUUUCCCAUGAUGUUGGGUCAAAUUGCCAUUAUAACCGGUUAUUUGUUUUUCUCGCACAUUCUCUUCGAAUGGCAUUGAGGGGUUGGUGUCAACUGCUCCACAUUUCCCAGAAAUAUGCCAAAUGAAGGAGUGCAACUUUUUCACAAAUGUGGGAGUAUCGAGGAGAGCGCGGUGCCAAUGCAGCUCACAUAAAAAUGACUUUAUUUCAUUAUAAAUGUACUUACAGGAAUUUAUUUACUUACUUUAUUUAUUUUUAUACACAUGUGUAUGUGUAUGUUUAUAUCUACAUCUAAGUGUAUAUCGCUCUAUCUCUCGUUACAUUAUUGCAAUUGUUUAAACUUACAUUUAAUUGUCGUUGAAACGUUUAUCCGUGUGUAUCUGUGUAAUAAAAGCAUUGACAGUUUCACUUUGAAUGAAUAA